UAGUUUAACUGCUGCACUUUGCAGAAGCAGCAGAUUUGCAUAAGUGAAUUUCAUUCAUUAUGAAAAACACAAGUGCAAGUGUAUAGUAACCAUGGAGAUGUAAACAAAGGAGCCAAUUGGACGGUUUGUUUGCAAAUACAUAGAAAUUUGUGCAUUUAUUUUAAGCACUCUAUGUAUAUUUACUGGUAGCAAGGAUAUAUGUGAUCCAAUCUGAAACUUAGCAGGAAGCAUGAAUGGUUUUCAUCUACGAAGCAUUCAACUGGUAAACUGCCGGCGAUAGCAACACAUUAAUCAAUAUUCGCAACAAGUUAAAGGUAGCGAAACGCUACGCGCUGGCAACGUCUAACGAUUUCCAUCUGUCAGUGUCAGUUGUGACGGCCGUCAGUUUAACUUGUAGCUCUGCGUUUUUCCAUCAACACAAUGUUUUAAUUAAUUACAAGGAUUCUUCUUGUUCGGCAGUGAGAAAACAUAAGCGAGUAUGGGUAACUCGGGGAUCAAACAGCACUUGGAGACCGCCAAGAAGACGGGCGUUCUGAAGGUGUCCCAGAACAAGAUGAACGAGUUUCCACCAGGUUUCCUGCAGCUGGAAAGCAAUUUAAGAACACUGGAUUUGUCCGAUAACAAAUUCGUGACGCUGCCCAAUGAAAUAGCCAGGUUCUUGCAUCUCAAGCACCUCAAUUUGAACAAGAAUAUCCUGGCCAAAAUCCCCGACUGCAUUGGAGCUCUCACCAAACUGGAAACCCUGAAUGUCUGUCACAACAACCUGUCCAGUUUACCAAGGACCAUCUCCAAUCUGAUCAACCUCAAACAGGUCUACUUAUCAGAUAAUCAUUUCAAGGAGAUUCCGCUAGUGUUUUGUGGUUUGAGGCACUUGGAUGUGCUUGAUCUCUCUAGGAAUGAGAUAAGCUCAGUGAAUGGGGAUAUAGCCACACUGAAUGUCACCGAGCUGAACCUCAACCAGAACCAGAUCGCUGAUCUUUCGCCGCACAUCGCCUCCUGUCCGCGUCUAAAGACGUUGAGAUUGGAGGAGAACUGCCUGCAGCUGACCAGCAUCAAUCCCAAAAUACUUACUGAUUCCAAGAUCUCCAAUUUGGCACUGGAGGGAAACCUAUUCGAGAUGAAACAGUUGAACGAAAUCCACGGUUACGACGUUUACAUGGAGCGGUACACGGCCGUCAAGAAGAAACUGUUUUAAAUUGAAAUCAGUUCAAAUUAUUCUGUUACCUUUGUACAUAUUAUUUUGCACAGCCGGGUGAGUCUACUGUUUUCAUCUCAGAAGGUCUUUUUUUAUCAUAUUUACAUAUAUAUAUAUAUACAUAUUAUUUAUUCGUUGUUUUUGUUUCUUUGUUAAGUAAUUAAUCAUAUUGUCAUACGGGUCUAGUUUGGAAUUUGCGCCAA